GAUAGUGUAGUUUGGAGUCACCAAGACUCAGAAGUGAACGUAGCAGCACAUACAUCGCUCUGAAACUGUUUUUACAUUUUCAUUCCAGUAUUUUAUGACUUGUAAAUUAGUGUAAAUAGAUUGUUUCUAUUUUUAUAACAAGACAACAACGAAAUGGAACUUAAUUCUCUUUUAAUUCUGCUGGAGGCUGCAGAGUACUUGGAGAGAAGAGACAGAGAGGCAGAACACGGUUAUGCGUCUGUUUUACCAUACAGCAGCGACUUCUCCAGAAAGAAAACGAAAGCAUCGCCAAUUUCCAGAAAAACUCAGAACAAUAGAUCAUCACACAACGAGCUGGAGAAACACAGACGUGCCAAACUACGGCUGUACUUGGAGCAGCUGAAGAAGCUGGUGCCUUUGGGUCCAGACAGCACGAGACACACCACUCUGAGCUUGCUGAAAAGGGCCAAGAUGCACAUCAAGAAGCUGGAAGAGCAGGACAGGAAGGCUUUAAACAUGAAGGAGCAGCUUCAGAGAGAGCACCGCUACCUCAAACGCCGCCUGGAGCAGCUCUCUGUGUCGGGAUCCGUGGAGCGCAUCCGCACUGACAGCAUGGGCUCCACCAUCUCCACUGACUCAGAGCAAGAGGUGGACAUCGAGGGCAUGGAGUUCACCCCCGGCGAGGCGGACAGCGUGGACAGUGUCAGCGACGGCGAGGAGGAGGACCACUAUAGCCUCCAGAGCAGCUCCAGUGACACCAGCUACACAGCCACACAUUCCCACAGACUGCAGCCGCACCACUGUUAGACACCGCCGCGGCCAUCCAUCUCGCAACCAGCUUCCUCGCCCACGCUACCUUCUCCUCACCCGUACCUUUCCCACGAUUUGCCAACGCCGCACACUACCUACAUCAGACCAGUCCACAACGGCGGCAUACCCCGAACUUGUUCCUUCCUUCCUGGCCACGACUCUCCAGGAAGCACACGAGGCCGAAAUGCCUUCCUUAACUCCCCCCCUGCCCCCGACCCCUGACCACUGACCCUACCUCACCCUACUGUAUCCUGCCUGAACCCGCCCCUCCUGACACGCCCUGCCCUCUCACUGCCCUCACGACCCCCACCUAGCGCUGCCGCAGGCUACGAGAGCCGAGUUUGUGGUUUUUUAUCUGGGAUUUCUGUGGCACGGUGGACAGCUUUGACUUGUUAAUUGGUGUGUGUGUAUAUAUAUACGUGUGUGUAGAGAAAAGUCAAGGGAGGGAGUUUCAGAGAGGUCAAAAACAAAAUAUAAGCUUCAGUCAUUUUAAUGUGGCAAUAAUACACAGACAAAGCGUUGCACUAAGGGUGCGAUGUGAGAAAGGUAAAGCACUUCUGUUUGUUCGGCAAUAUAUGCAACAUUGGGACCUCGAAAGUUGUUUUCAUCAUACGGUAUCUUCCUUUUACACAAUAAGAUUUACAGGAGACGCUAUUGCAAAUGUCCUGCGGGUUCCUUGAAACAUCUGAGAAACGUUGGUGUCGAACACACUUGUUCUCUUUCUUGCUGGGAGCUAGAUGAGAAAAGCAUUGGUGGAUCUGCUACCAGCACCUCCAAAGCUCACAAAUGUAUAAGUUAUGUGUUUAAUCUGUACAAAACUGUGUAAAAACAGUGUAAAGUUGUAAUUUUAUGGCAGUUGUGUCGACGCAGUUUGCGUGGUGGAGAAAUCGUGUAGCUUUUAACCUUUCGUACUCCAUUUUAGUGUUUUCAGACAGUUUUUGUACAUAAUUAAACAAGAUAUACUGAUUGGUGAGCUUUAUGCUAAGCUAACAAGCUGCUGGCUGUAUAUUUCACACAUUAGAGUGAUCUUCUCAUCAAACUGUCAGCAAAAAAAAAAAAGUGAUCCAAACAUGUUGAACCCCGGCUUUAAUCUCCAACUUUUUAGCAAAGCUUCUGUCAGCACGCGAUUUAAAACGGGACUUUUUCAAUAGCAGCUCUGCACGUCGUCACAUCUUUAUCACCGAGUGCAGCCAAAGACAACAGGAAAAAGCUUCAGAGCUGUAGCAGAGAAGAAAACAUGUAAAUAGAUGUACAGUUACUGUCCAGACCCUCGUGUCUCCCUCUGGUUGGGCUGCCUAACCACUACUCCACACUACUGACCACUACACUAUACCACCCUAUGGUGUGGAUGGACUACUAUGUCAAACAACAAAGAAAAGGAGUUGCCUCACAACUAAAACUCUAUUCCUUGAAAUAUCGAGUCACAUCUUGUGUUUCCUUCUCAGUAGCUAAUUGAUGUAGCAAUAAAGACAAGAGGCAGAUGCGAGCUAUGAGCGUCACAUUGAUUCUGGCGGACCGUGAGGUGUUAUGGGAGACUUUUUCUUUUCCCCAUUUUACCCUGUAGAUGGCAAGUUUUUUUUUUUUUAGUUUUCUUAUUCACUAAAGGAUCCUUCUCUGUGUGCACAAUGCCAUCUACACACAAUUUGCAUUUCCCUACAGCUCUGUUGCUUUUUUUCUGUUGCGAGCGGUAUUCAUGUGUGACUGGAAUUUUUUUUUUUUUUUUACUAUUAUUAUUCUAAUUAACAAGUCAAAGCUGUAAUUGUGGACAAAUGGGCCAGCUGUAAUGAUUUUCUGAUUUUCUUCUUUCGUAGAGGCGCCUAUUUUAGCCAUCUUAGCCAACUACUUCCAUUCACUUUUCUGUAACAGGAUUCUUGCUCUUAUUUUCUCUGACUUAUUUCUGGAGCUUUGAGCACUGCUAAAGGCCAACGUAGGUGAAAUGUUCUUCUCUAACCUGUCUGUAACUUAUGCACAAUAGUCACUAUUGACGGAGGAGGCGCUUCUGUCGCUCUCUGACCAUUUAAAUAAUCAUUAGCCCCGGUCUCUGGCAGUCUUUAGAGCUUGGCACUUUAAAAAAAAAAAAAAAAAAAGGGGCCCGUCCACCAUGGCAGGUCUGACCAAAAAAAAAAAAAAUAAAAAAAAACUACAAAAGAGUUAGAAGAAAACAACAAAAAAUUGCAUACGAAAGAAGCUACUCGUCACUGAAAGUGAUAUUAGCCAGUGUAGUCUAUAUUUCUCGUAUUAAAUUUUGUAUUAUAUUUUCCUAAAUGUUCUCUUGUAAUGAAAAGACAAAAAAGAGUGAGUAUAUCUAUAUAUAAAUAUAUAAAUAUAAAAGAGAGACAGACAGACAGACAGGAGGCCAGGCUUGUUGAAGGGAGAGUGGGGGCAGGGGAGCUGAUACACUGGCCCCUCUCCCUUGGGUGACUCUCCUGCUGUCAUUCUGUGCCUUGGUGAGCCUUUGACCUCUCUCCUCCCACCUCCUCACCCUCAGCCCCUACUCAGGUCACACUCCCCCUCCCCACUCCUCUUGAAUCGCAUCCUCCCCUCCCUCUUCUUCUUCUUCUUUGAUUUCAACCCUUACCAUGCGAAACACUUCCAUGAGCGAGGGGGCGUGUGAAGAGAAGACCUCCAAAUACACACAAACAACAACAACAACAAAACAAGCCCCCUCCCUGAAGCCGCUGUUGUACGACACCCUGUCCAGGCACUCCCUCCCCUCCCCUCCCAGCCUCUCUCGAUGCCCACCCAUCUGCCAGCGCCACCUCUGUCAUGGAAAAAGAAAAAAGAAAACACACACUGGUAAACUCCCAUGGCAGCUUCCAGUCGCCCCCCGAAUGGUCACCGACGGGGUUCGAAAACUUCUUCUGGGCUUGAAGCGUGUUUAUCUUUUUUUUUGUCAUUUUAUUAUUCUUGUAUGUUGACUAUGUGUUUGUUCAGUGGGAAUCACUGGGAGAGGAGCGAUAAAAGAAUAAUCCAAUCAAUGGCAGCUUAAGGUGUUAUCCUCCGAGCUCCCGGUGGUCCGUCCCAAAAAUAGUGUUACCCGUUGAUCAGGGGACCUCUUGAGACACAGCAAUAUUACCAUCUUGUGCUUUCUGAGGGAGGGUGGGUGGGUGGGCAGGGUUUUUACAAAAGAAAAAAAAGAAAAAAAAAAAAAGGCAAGCAGGUGGUUUUGCUUUUGAGUCUGUGGUGCAUUUUUGUGACCAACUCUUUAUUUUUGUUUCGAUGAUUUGACCUCCUAUCUGCACUCUCUCCAUACACUGCAGGAGGGCAAAAAGAAAUUAACUAGACAUGAGAAAAAAAAUUCUUUUUCUUUUUUUUUUUUUUUGGAAAGCUGUUUUUUUUUUGUUAUCAAGAGUUUACAUUCAUGUCAAAAGGAUUUGUACAUGACUGUUUGUAGCAAAAAUGUCCUUUUCAGUUCGUUGGUCAAAUGAACAACUGAGUAAACCAUAUUAAUGGAAUAAGAUUAUUCUCUUGCACAGAACCUCCCAGUAAGAAAAGUGACACAGAGACGGAGUGAAUGGGACGAGCUCGGGGCCAGAUAUGAGAUUAUAAUUUUUCAGUGGCGUCAUUGAAAAAUGUACAUAGCACACGUGCGCUCGCAAACGUUUACGAGCAGCUGACGGGACGUGUUAACAUUUCGUUUGAAUGUCGGAAGGGUGGUGUUUAUGGAAAUUCUUUUAAUGAUGUGCCUUGGAAAAAGUUAUUUUCUUUAAAAAAAAACAAAACAAGAGAUUGUACCAAUUAAUGACGACUGUUAAAUCAGUUGAGCCUUGAAGAGGCAAAAGAUGUUUCCACUUCCCUUUUCAGAACAAAAGAGGCAAACAUUUCGAAGAAGGGGGCUCUUCAGUGAACUUCUGCUAACAUCAAAGUGUAAUUUAAGAGUCGUAGGAGAGAGGAGCGCUUAAAAACUGAAACUUCAGAGCAAGUGCAGACAAGAUUUUAUGUUUGCUUUCAUGUUGCCGUUGCACAGAGAUUUGAUUCAGUGUGUUGUUUUUUUUUUUCCGAAGAGCACAGAGGUUUGGGGAAGUCAGCAGGCAGAGAAUAGAGAAAGAUAUAAAGAGAGUGGGUGGGUGCGAUGAAAAAAAAAAAAAGGUGCAGACAAAGGACAGUCUGCGCAGAGAGAGUCGGGUCAAGGCACUAAAUCUGUGCGCACAUCACAAACACCGAAGACGUCUCUUUAUCCCUAAGCCUGCUGAUUAAUGGUGCUGAUAAAAUCAACACAAUGACUUCCACCAGAUAUUAUUCCUGCCAAAUAAAUAGUCACUUUUAAUCCUUCCAUGACUAAAAAAAAGAAAAGUUCCUGUAUGUAAUUCAAGACGAAUAGCUUUAACUACCUGUAGGCUUUAGGUCAGCUUCCCACUUCCUUUCCGCACUUCAGCCUUCAUGUCUUUGCUCUUUAUUUUUGCAUUUUCAUCAAUUGCGUGACGCUCUUACGGGGUUCUGUUUGGUUCCACAAACGGGCGUCACACCAGCGUUAUGGUUCGUUUUUUUUUUUGCUUUUUUUUCCCUCCUACCCACAAGAACCUAGAAGCUGUAGAGGGUGAACUGGCUUGGAUUUAGUUGCGAGGAGGAUGACGAGGAGUUUGUCUGGGCUGACAUACUGUGCAGAGUAGGGAGAGUUCUGUGCCAGAGACCUGUGAAUAUGUUCCUUUAUAGCGGAUGUGUAAUAUGCAUUCAGAAGAUGUUAUAUAAGUUCCUUUUUUUUUUUGUUGUUGUUGUUUUGUUUUUUUUUUGUGUGUGAGCGUGUGUACAUGAGUACCUGGUGCUGGCUACAUUUUAGCAAACACUUGAAGGUAUUGUGUAUUCUCUCAUUGUAAUAUAAUUAAAAUGUUUUAUACAUAAA